AUGAAUGUCGAAUUUCUUCUCCCCGAAGCACGUCAAAAUGACGAUGAUGUAGAGAUGAUCGAUGUCAGUGACAAGUUUGUUACUCCAGGAGAAACAAUCAGUGUCGAUGCUCAGUAUAUGAGGUUUGGAAUAAACGAUAUUACCAUUUCACUUUGUAAGGACUUUAAACAUUAUUCGUUAAGUAGGAGUCACGGAACGUUCUCUGACGAAAAGGACGGAAUAAUAAAAUCGUCUCUUGCAGGACGAGUUGAGAUUGUUAACAAGUUAAUCUCCGUGCGCACAGUGCACUCACGUUAUAACGCAGAAAUAGGCGACUUGAUCGUUGGGCGGAUAACAGAGGUUGCUCAAAAACGAUGGAAAGUCGAUAUCAACUCUAGGCAGGAUGCUGUAUUGCUCUUAUCAUCCAUUAACCUCCCUGGUGGCGUUAUGAGACGGAAAACAGAGGAAGAUGAAUUGCAGAUGCGUAAAUUUUUUUCAGAUGGAGACAUUCUAGCGGCGGAGGUUUCGGGAACUUUUCAAGAUGGUGCAGCAUCUAUACAAACAAGAAGUCACAAGUAUGGCAAGCUGAGAAACGGUUCAUUUGUGAGCGUUCCUCCAUCUCUAGUCCAACGCUGCAAGACACACUUUCAUGUUUUGUCGUGCGGUGUUGAUGUAGUACUUGGAUUGAAUGGAUAUAUAUGGGUUUGCAAACAUACUCCUUCACUUCAAGAUGUAGAUUCAGAGACUAUCUAUUCGCAUAAAAAUGAGCCGAUCAGCGAUGCAACAAGAGAAUCAAUAGCUCGAGUAUGCAAUUGUAUCACUUCCCUCGCUCGAAAGUUCAAGAUCAUUAAUGACUCUAGCAUUACUCUCGCAUACGAAGAAUCAUUUGAGACACAGCAUAUUGAUUAG